AUGAAUAUUGGAGGUGAAUUAGUCAUUAGAAUAUUUGUUUAAUUUUCCAAGAAAGCAGCCGCUGUAGUUGAUUAUUAAAAAGUCUGUGGAGCAGGUGUAAGACUCUAAGAAGUUUAAGAGUUAGUGAAAGGAACUUAUGUGGUUUCUUAUUCUGUAAUUUCAUCAGUAGUAGAAUGUGCUGAAGUAGAACUUUAUGAGUCUGAUGUAGUUGGCACAUCUGUGUCAGAAGUAAUAUAGGUCUUAGAAAAGUCUGUUGUAUCUUCAGGAACUGGAGUAGUUGUUUCUUCAGGAGCCACAGUAGAGGUAGAUUACUCUUAAUAAUUAGUUAAUUAAGUUUAAGUUAAUGUUGAGUCUGAAAAUAUUUCUGUUGGUGCUAUUGUACUUAUUGUCUCAAUUGUCGAUUAAGUAUCUAUUGAAAUUUCAGAAAUUCUUGUUUCUGUUGUCAAUACACUAGUUGAAGGUACUGAAGUAAUAUCGGUUGAAAAUUCAGAUAUAGGUGUAUCAGUAGUCAUUAAAGUUUCAAUUGUAGUUUCUUGGGAUGUUGUUACUAUGUUUAUACUAUUUUAUGUAGUUGUGAUCUCUUGUUAUUAGGUUGUAAUUUCUGGUUCUGGAGUAGCAGACUAUUAAGUAGUAGGAGAUGAUGUUAAUGUAGUUUAUGAUAUUUCUGAAUUAGGCAGUGAUGUUUCACUAAUAUUUGAUAUUUAAGGUUCUAAAGUAGUAAGGGUAAGUAUGGUUUCAUUUUCUGUUGUUAUUGAGGACGAAGUUGUAGGUAUAGUUGUGAUCUCAGGUGUUGGUGUUGUUGUAAUUUCUGAAUCUGCUGUCGUUGUGGUAGGAGUGGUUUAUAUGGUUUCUGGUUCAGAUGUAGUAGAUGUAGUUGUUGCUGCUAUAGUUUCAUGUUCAGAUGUGGCUGAUGUUGUGUAUAUUGUAAUCUCAGGUUCAGAAGUGUUUGAAAAUGUCGUUGAAUUUGCUGUGGUGUCAGGUUCUGGUGUGGUUGAUACUGUAGUUGUUGUGGUAUCAAUUUCUGGUGUGGCUGACGUCGUGGUAUCCGGCAAUGGUGUGGUUAAUGUAGUAGUUGUCGUGGUUUCAGGCUCUAGUGUAGUUGAUGCUGUUGUAAUUAUUGUGGUAGUAGUCUCAGGUUCUGGGGUAGUUGAUAUUGAAGUAGUUGUUGUUGUAUCAGGUUCUGGUGUGGUUGACGUCGAAGUUGUCGUGGUAUCUGGUAAUGAUGUUGUUGUUGAAGUAGUGGUAGUCGAGGUUGACGUAGUCUCAGGUUCUUUGGUAGUUGAUGUUGUAGUAGGUGUGGCUGACGUAGUCUCAGGUUCUGUGGUAGUUGAUGUUGUAGUAGUUGUGGUAGACGUAGUCUCAGGUUCUGGGGUAGUUGAUGUUGUAGUAGUUGUGGUUGACGUAGUCUCAGGUUCUGGAGUAGUUGAUGUUGUAGUAGUUGUUGUGGUUGUAUCGGGUUCUGGAGUAGUUGAUGUUGUAGUAGUAGUUGUUGUUGUAUCAGGUUCUGGUGUAGUUGAUGUAGUGGUUGUCGUGGUUUCAGGCUCUGGUGUAGUUGAUGUUGAAGUUGUUGUUGUUGUAGUAGUUGUCGUUGUCGUUGGUUCCUCCGUAGUUGUUGUCGAUGUAGUGGUAGUUGUGGUAGUUGUCGAUGUCGUCGUAGUUGUAGUAGUCGUAGACGUUGUAGUAGUUGUAGUAGUAGUUGUGAAUGCAAUAACAUUUAUUAUAAUACUCACUUCAUCAUUGAAUUGCUAAGCUAUAGCGAUAUCUGAUGAGUCAAAAACACCAUUUAAAGUAGCCUUAAAAUUGAUUUCAUAUUGCCCAGCAUUAUUAUUGUCACUUGAAUCUACAGUAAUCUUCAUUGUUGAAGGAUUAAAUGAAAUAUAAGAGGGGAGUGAAAUAGGGCCAGACAUACUUUUCAAAUAAGCUUGCACAGAAAUUUAGUAUCCACAAUAGUGUGAAUAUUGUAGUAUCAUAUCUAGCUCCUUAGGGCCAUCUCCAACUGUAUAUUGA